CACUGCCUUCAUGAGGGUAAAGGAAGAACCUUUACGGCCUUUUUAUUGGCCGGUUAUUUUUCUGUGUGUUUCAUACCAGCCCUCACCAUGAAGGGUUUCACAGCAGCUCUCCUCCUCUGGACUCUGAUUUCUCCCAGCUGCAGUGGAGGCGGUGGAGGGGGAGCCUGGCCCACACACACGGCCUGCAGUGACAGCGGCUUGGAAGUGCUCUACCAGAGUUGCGAUCCAUUGCAAGAUUUUGGCUUUUCUAUAGAAGAGUGUUCCAAGGAAUUAAAACCAAAUGUCAACAUUAGAUUUGGAAUUAUCCUGAGAGAGGACAUCAAAGAGCUAUUUCUUGAUCUAGCUCUCAUGUCUAAAGGCUCAUCUGUUUUGAAUUUCUCCUAUCCCAUCUGUGAGGAGGCUCUGCCCAAGUUUUCUUUCUGUGGAAGAAGGAAAGGAGAGCAGAUUUACUAUGCUGGCCCUGUCAAUAGUCUUGGAAUUGAAAUUCCUCAGGGAGAAUACCAGGUUCUGCUGGAACUGUAUACUGAAAAACGGUCCACCGUGGCAUGCGCCAAUGCAACCAUCAUUUGCUCCUGACCAUGGCCUGUAGCAAAACUCACAACCGGCUCCAUCUUAUGGGACCUCCAAGCCUCUCUGACUGAACCUACUGCAUAGGGAGAAGCAGCCAAUGACAGAGAGAGGCUCUACAAAGAAGCUCCCAAAGAGUGUAGUUGCUAAUUUUAGUCCCGGGACCAGACAUCCCCAGACUCCACAGAUGUAAUGAAGCCCCUAAAUGUAUCUCUUUCUAAGCAGCCUCUUGACAGUCCCUAAGCAGUCUCGAGCAUCCAUCCUUUAAUGGAUCACCUCACGCCAGACUCGCCUGCUUUUCAGCUCCUUAGGAGUGCCUCCCCCCAGUUACCAAGAAUAAAGAAAGCUGGCCACCAUU